CGGAAAUCAUACCUGAUGUUCUGUUCAUCCGGCUAACAGUGUUGUUCCAUCAUGGCGGACUUUACCAUCCAUACCUCGUCAUUGUUUGAUCCCCAGAUCAAACGAUUUCGCUCAAAUGUCUCAGUCACGGUCAAUCCCGCCAGCGGACUCAUCGUGCGCGUCUUUGAGCGCGAUGACAAGGUACUCUUGUCGGAUCUCUGGAAGGCUGGGGACAUCGACCUUCGGGGGAGGUAUGUGUUGCCCGGGCUGGUUGAUGCGCACACGCAUAUCUUCCUCCACUCUUACGAUGAGGCUGGUGCCCUUCAGCAAAAACGCGACGAAAGCAUCGGAGAAAGGAUGGUUCGAGCAGUCAAUCAUUGCCGCACGGCACUUCUGGCAGGAUACACGACCUACAGAGAUCUCGGGUCGGAAGGUAUGCAAGAGUUUGACGCGAACAUACGGGAUGCCGUGGCUCGAGGCCUCACCCCAGGUCCACGCCUCUUUGUAGCCACCAGAGUCCUGGCCAGCACCGGAUCCUAUGAAAGUCGAACGGAAAACAGCGCUGGAGGCCACUGCCUACCUUCCAGCGCCGACGCCGUCGACGGCAUAGAAGCAUGCCGCCAGGCUGUCCGCCGCCGCAUCGCCGCCGGUGCAGACAUCAUCAAGUUCUUCGCCGACUACCGCAGAAGAAUCAUGCGCUACCCCCCUGCACAGCAACAUCCCUAUAUCGCAGGCGUCCUUCAUCCCCCGAAGGAGCCGAACCCGGAUUACAUGGUCUUCUCGAAGGAAGAGAUGCAAACCAUUGUGGCAGAGGCCCGGCUGGCUAGAUGUCCGGUGUCUGCGCAUUGCGCGACGCUUGAAGGGGCGAUGGCUGCUAUCGACGCGGGAGUGAAUACGAUCGAACAUGCGUAUCUCGCCACAGACAAGAUGCUGAAGCGCAUGGUGGAGAGGAAUGUUAUUCUGGUACCGACUCUUGCCAUCGCGGAGAGGCUGCAUGGCAACCGAUUCGAGCAGAUCUUGAGUCAGGUCAAACGUGCGCAUGAGCUGGGGGUGAGGCUUGCCUGUGGCGGAGAUACGGGCACGUACCCUCAUGGGGAAAAUGUUCGGGAGCUGGAACUCAUGAUGAAAGCGGGGGUUCCUGUUGUGGAUGUCUUGGAGGCUUGUACGGUUGGUGGCUGGGAGGCCUGCGGGGGGGAUCUCUGUGGGAGACGGUUUGGAUGGUUUGAGGCAGGAGCACAGGCAGAUAUCAUUGCUUUGGAUGAGAAUCCGGAGGUGGAUCCGGAGGCUUUGAGGACCGUUGAGUUUGUCAUGAAAGAUGCCCGGGUAUGGAAGCAUAAUGGGCAGCCCAUGGGGAUGUUAUAGGGAAAUGCAUGGAGCCACAAUGGUUUCUCGUCCCUCAGCGUGGAUCGUACCUUGAAAUCGGAUGCAAUAGCAUUUGAUGCUGUCGGAUCCCGCAUAUAGUGGACAUAGUAG